AUGAAAAGACAACUACAUUAGAGGCAUUAAUGUGAAAGAUGUAAUAAAGCAGAUCAGAAUCUUCAGAGUUAGCCAAAGAGAGUUAAGACCAGUCAUAAAAAGCCAAAUAAACUUAUCAAUAUCUAACCUAGAUUUUUAAGCGGAACUAAAAAAUAGCUAGAUAAUUUAGAGAACAUUGGAGUAGAUGCAGAUCUUAAAGAGAUUGAUUAAAAUUAGAGAGAUUCUAUUCUGUUUGAAAAUAACAUGGCUGAUUGUGUUAGCCAAGUUGAUGUGAUAGACUAGGUUGAUCCACUUCAUUUGGAAUAGUUUGAGAUAUUAAAGCAAAAUGUCUAAAAUAUAUCACCUUUAGCUAACAACAAAAAAGUUAGAAUAUAACUUCAACAGCAACAUUAAGAGUUAUAAUUGAGUGAGUAAAGUCAAUCAAAAAUAUAUGAUGAAAAUGAUUUCUCGCAAUAGUCUAUGAUAUAGUCUUUCAUAAAGAAGUCUAUAAGCAUCAAUAGUCAAAAUUAGAUCCAGCAAAGUUUCUGCUAACAUCAUAGAUCAAGUCUGUCCAAAGAGUUGUUUGAUUAUAAAAAUGAUGAGUUAUCUAUUUGUGAAGAGCUAGACUAAGAUCAUAACUGUAAUAGUGAAGUUUCUCAAUUUCAAAUUGAGAUUGAAUCUAAUACUCAGCUUUAGCAAUAGACCUGCUACUUAGACAAGGCUCAGAUAAUUGAUACAACAUUAUCAUUCUUCAGUGAGACCGACCUUAACUUUUAUGAAAAGGAGAAGGAAAGCAUAAAAGUUGAUUUGAUGAAUUUGCUAGGUGACGAGCACUACUUAACUCACAACUAAAAUAGUUUAUUCAAUCAAACUAAGUCAUAGAUCUAGCUUUUGAAUUUGAGAUGA